AUGGCCUGGCAGCGCUUUGCAAUGGGGGUGCUCUUCAUGUCCCUGGCAGUGAUGUUGCAUUAUGGCAAUCAAAUCAGAGCAAAAGUGUUUCCAGAAAUCACAGACUAUUCUGAAUCUACGACAGCAGCAACCGUACAGGCCAUGGGAAAACCUUCUCUCCUGCAACCAGCUAACCAAGUAGCAGCAAGAUCAAUGGAUGGUCACGUCACCUCUCGAAUAGCUGCCACAACGUCCAGGCCUGAGACCCCAAUCACACACACAACAAUAAAAACUCUAGCAACAACUUCCCUGGUAACUACAAACAGCACCCCAUCCACCAGCCCAAUAAUCAGCACCCUACUCACAACUCUGGCCACAACCAACAACUCACACACGGCUGCUCCGGUAACUGAGGCUACAAUCGGCCCCAGCGCAGGUCCCAGUUCACCGCCCCCUACCAUCACCCCACCAGUCCAUACAACUGGAACCAGCCCAUCAACUGUCAGCCACACAACUGGGAAAACCACCCAACCCAGUAACCAGACCACCCUUCCAGCAACUUUGUCCACCUCACCACAAAACAGCACAACCAGUCAGAAGCCUGCUCAACCCACCCACGCCCCAGGACCAACCACAGCCACACACAGUACCACCCAAACAGCCUCACCAACCACCACGGCUCCUGGGCCCACCCUCGCACCUCAGCCAUCGUCAGCCAAGACUGGAACAUAUCAAGUUCUAAAUGGAAGCAAGCUCUGUAUCAAAGCAGAGAUGGGGAUAGAGCUGACGGUUCAAGACACGGGCUCGGUUUUUUCACCUCAGAGAUACUUCAACAUUGACCCCAAUGCAACUCAAGCCUCUGGGAACUGUGAUUUCCGAAAAUCCAAACUUCUCUUGAAUUUCCGGGGCGGAUUUGUGAAUCUCACGUUUACCAAGAAUGAAAACUCGUAUUAUAUCAGUGAAGUGGGAGCCUCUUUGACCGUCUCAAAUCCAGAGAAAAUUUACCACGGAAUGAAAAGUUCUGUGGUAAUGUUUGAGACUGUGAUCGGGCAUUCCUUCAAGUGUGUGAGUGAACAGAGCAUCCAGCUGUCAACCUGCCUUCAACUGAACACAGUGAAUGUCCAACUUCAAGCCUUUGAUUUCGAAGACAACACCUUUGGAAAUGUGGACGAGUGUUCGUCUGACUACACAAUUGUGCUUCCUGUGAUUGGGGCCAUCGUGCUUGGUCUCUGUGCUGUGGGUCUGAUUGUCUAUGGAGUCCGCCUAAGGCGUGAAGCAUCUGGAUACCAGAGAAUCUAACUGAUGCCUAGGGGAAAAGAAAAUAAUGGAGUUUAGAGAAUUCUGUCAUCAUUUCCAGGAUAUUGGAGACUUCCCUUAGAGUGUGGUCCUUCUGACAAUGUAAACCACCAUCUUUCACAAAAACCAAGUCAUUUCUGAUUUAAGUUCAAGCAGCACAUCAAUUUCUAAAUAUUUUUUGUGCAUUUUAUGAGAGAUCCAGUGAGCUGUUUAACAGUAUUUUCUACUUUCUUUCUAAAUAUUUUCACCACUCAAAGUCAACAUUUGAAAUAUGUUAGAUUAGCAUAAUGCAUGUAAAGUGAUAGACACCUCCAAAUUAUAAACCAAAGCAUCAAUUG